AUGCCACGAGGUAGACCUAGAAGGGUGAUGGAAGAACCAGCAGGACAGGAUAUACCACCACCACCACCAUUGCCACAACAUAGGAUUGAAGAAUUGUUUUUACGCCAAAAUCCACCAACGUUUAACGGAUUAGGAGAUCCGGCUGAAGCUGAAACUUGGAUAAGAGCAAUGGAACGUAUUUUCAAUUUUCUUCACUGCACCGAGCAAGAACGUUUGUCUUGCAUAUCUUUUCAGCUGGUAGGAUCAGCUGAUUUCUGGUGGGAAACUAAACGGAGAGCUCUUACUCUAGUUCAAAUGGAAAAUUUUACUUGGGAACAAUUCAAGGUGGGAUUAUAUGAUAAGUACAUUCCGAAAAGUUAUCGAAAAAAGAAAGAUGCUGAAUUUUACAAUCUCCAGCAGGGUAAGAUGACAGUCACCGAGUAUGAUAGAAUAUUUUGUGACUUAUCUCGUUACGCACCGACCCAAGUAGAUACUGAUCAGAAAAUGUCAGAGAAAUUUUGCAGUGGGUUACGACCUGAGAUUAGGAUGACCUUAGCCGGUCAUGAAGGAUUGACUUAUGCAGAUGCGCUCAGUAGAGCUUUGGAUAUAGAAGCCGCUAUGCCAAUAGAAAGGGUAAUACCUAUACCAAUGUUUGUACCAGCACCAGCACCAGCACCCCCACUGAUGCAGUCUCAGAAUUUUUAA